AGAGGUGAAGCUAUUUUACUAACAUCAGAAGAAAGAUUAAGAAAUGCACUAAUACCUAGAUAUUUUCAGAUGUUUCGUCAAAUAAGUCGUAUAGAUGGUGGAGUCAAAUUUCUAGUUGACAUGAGGUCAGAUGUUCUUAAUCAUCAAACUACUAGUACAUCAGAAAUAGCUGUAGCUUAUUAUAGAGCUUUAAAUUCAGCCUUACGAGAUCUUAUUUCAUUAUGGUUUUCAGUAGGAUUUUUGACAUUACAAAGAAUUACAUGGGAAUCGCCAUGUGAUCUUGUACAGAAGGUAUCUUACUAUGAAGCUGUUCAUCCUAUAAGAAAUCUAUCUGAUAUGAAACAGAGAGUAGGACCAUAUCGUCGGUGUUUUGUAUUUAAUCAUAAUAGUAUGCCUAGAGAACCUGUAGUUGUCUUACAUACAGCUUUAACACCAAAUAUAGCAUCAUCCAUACAUGUAGACGCUAGUUCACCUCCUACUAGUCCCGAAUUAUCUGCUGAUUUCAAUAUUAAAGAAGAUAAAUCACAAUUUAAUACUGCCAUAUUUUAUUCUAUUACAUCAACACAGAAAGGUCUACAAAGUAUAGAUCUGGGUAAUUAUCUUAUAAAGAAGGUUGUAGAAGAAAUCCAGAAAGAAUUUGAUCAUAUACAACAGUUCUCUAGUCUAUCACCUAUACCUGGUUUUAAAGAUUGGUUAAUAACAGAAAUCAACCAGAUAUUACAUAUCAAAAGUAAGUACAAAGAGCAAAGUCAAAUAAAACCACAUAUGGACAAAACACAUAGUUGUAUUCUAGAAACGUUUAAAGAAUUUAUACAGAAGAAUAGCUGGGUGUCUAAAAGGGAUCUUGAACCAGUGUUUAAAGAUAUUUUAAUGCGUUUAUGUGCUAGAUAUCUGUAUCUUGAAAAACGCAGGCAGUAUGCUCUCAACCCUGUUGCAAAUUUUCACCUUGGUAAUGGUGCAGUAUUAUGGCGUAUUAAUUGGAUGGCUGAUAUGUCUAGCCGUGGUUUGUCAUCAUCUUGUGGUUUAAUGGUCAACUAUCGGUAUUAUCUAGAAAAUACUGAAUAUAACAGUACUAAAUAUCUAGAAGAAUUCCAUAUUGAAGUAUCACAACAAGUUUUAGACUUAUGUUCUGGUUUAAAACCAAAUUCUUAA